CAUGCGCACUUUCGUUUCUGUGUCCCGCGAACAGCCAGCGCUAGCUAGUCGCAACUUUCGUCAUUCUCGCAGAUCUGUCAGUCAUCCGACAUUUUCGAAUUUUCGGUUGACUGUUACUGACGUYCGUCGCACGUGGUUGCAAAUUUUGUUUUUGCUUAUUGCGCAGACGUUUUUUUAAUCCAGUUUUACUCGCAACACUCAGAAUUAUCAUUGCAAAUGGAGCCCAUAAGACCAUCAAGGGGAAAAGCUCGUGGGCGUCCCCAAAUUCCAACCAAUCAACCUGGUGCACCGGGUUUAUCAAAUUUACCUCCUCAAGGAAUAAGAGUACCUAGACCAACCAUAUCGCAGCCUAUACCUUCACAAACACCAGUUACAGGUGCAAUGCCACGUCCACCUCGUCCAAUGCCAMCACGACCUACUGGCGCACCACAGCAAAGAGCUCCUAGACCACUAGGUCCAAGACUGGGAAUGUCUGGUGAUAAUGUACCAAGACCUGGGAUGUCUAGUGAUAAUAUAUCAAGACCUGGGAUGUCUGGUGAUAAAAUAUCUAGACCUGAGAUGUCUGGUGAUAAUAAAGGCAUUAAACAAGACCCUAUGGCAGGAGUACAACAAGUUACAGAAAGCCUUAAAAAUUUGGGCACAGGAGAUGCACUAGUACCGUUAGGGCGUGGAGCAGUACGAGGGCGAAGACAGAUUGAUCUGGAACAUUUUAGGACACCAAGACCUCAAUCUUCAUUAGGUGAUAUUGGAAAACAAGGAACUUCCGGACAGCCGGUAAAAUUGUUGGCAAAUUAUUUUCCUAUUACUUCAUAUACAAAUUGGUGUUUGUACCAAUAUCGGGUUGAUUUCAAUCCAGAAGAAGACAGAAUUAGUUCUAAAAGAGGGUUAUUAGCUCAGCAUCGAGAACGUUUGGGAGGAUACUUAUUCGAUGGAACAAUGUUGUUCUCUGGAAGUCGAUUUGAUCCACCUACUUUUGAACUUACAUCUACACGUCGCCAGGAUGAUCAAAUUGUAAUAAUUACUGUGAAAUUCACAAAUGUAAUAGAAACCGGUGAUUAUGCCAACAUUCAAGUUUUCAACUUACUCUUGCGUAAUUGUCUUCGACAUCUUAAACUAACAUUGAUUGGAAGAAACUUUUAUGAUCCAGAUGCCAAAAUUGAUAUGUCUCAACAUAAGCUUCAGCUUUGGCCAGGUUAUGAAACAACUAUUGGAAGGUAUGAAGAUAAUAUUUUAUUAUGUGCUGAAAUAUCAACUAAAGUCAUGCGCCAAGAGACAGUAUUGGACUUUUUAAAUCAGUGUGCUAAUGAUAGAAAUCGAAAUAAAGAUUGGAUGAUAAACUUUAAAAGUGGUGUCGUUGGUACUACAGUUAUGACAAAAUACAAUAAUGAAACUUAUAGGAUUGAUGACAUAGAUGAAAGUUCUGACCCUAAUUCUGAAUUUACUAAAAAAGAUGGGUCUAAAAUGACUUAUGUACAAUAUUACAAAGAAAAAUGGAACAUAACAAUUCGUGGYGGCAGACAACCAAUGUUGAUUUCAAAAAAUAAGAAAUCUGUUAGACGAUUUGGAGUUGAAGAUACGUUGGUAUACCUUGUUCCAGAACUUUGCAUUAUGACUGGGAUAACUGAUGCCAUGAGAAAUAAUUUCACACUUAUGAAAGAUAUGGCCAUACAUACUCGUGUGAAUCCCAAAGAACGCAUGGAUAGAUUAACUAAUUUCGCAAAUCGACUUCUUUCUACACCUGACUCUGUUAACGAAUUGAAAAGAUGGAAUCUGACAUUAAGUAACAAGCUGGUUGAACUCACGGGUCGUACUUUACAACCAGAGCCAAUCCAAAGUCGUUCUAAAGGCUAUAAUGGAGGCGAAGAAGCUGAUUGGACAAAACAUUUACGCUCUUUACCAAUGUUUACUUCUGCCACUGUAAAGAAUUGGACUAUUCUAGCUCCUAAAGAUUGUUGUAGAGAAGUAGAAGCAUUUGCUCAAAAUCUUGCAAAAGCAGCUCAAGGAAUGACAUUUUUACUACCCAAGCCUGUCAUAGUCCCCAUGAUUGAUGGAAGAUCAAAUACGUUUUUGAAUGAUCUAGAAAAAGUAAUUAAUGAAUCAAAUCCAUCAUUGAUUUUAUGUGUAAUUCCAUCAUCCCGUGGUGAUAUUUAUAGUAUGAUUAAAAGAAAACUGUGCAUUGAUAGAGCUGUACCAUCACAAGUAGUACUUUUGAAAAAUGUGCAAAAAAACAAUUUAUCUGUUUGCACGAAAAUUGCUAUUCAAUUAAAUUGUAAACUUGGAGGUGCYCCUUGGCUUGUUACUAUCCCUAAAAAAGGGAUGAUGAUAGUUGGUUUUGAUGUGUGUCAUGACAGUCAAAGAAAAAAUGUAUCAUUUGGAGCCUUAGUAUCAACUAUGAACGAUGCUCAUACUAGUUACUUUAGUUGUGUGGAACCUCAUGAAAGUGGAGAAGAGCUUUCUGUUCAUUUUGCUACUGGCAUAAGCAAGGCAUUGGCCAAGUAUAGGACUAAAAAUGGCGCAUUACCUACUUCCAUAAUCGUAUAUAGAGAUGGAGUUGGAGAAGGCCAAAUAUCUCAUGUCCAUAAGACAGAAGUUAGACUUUUGCAGACUGCUUGUGAACAAUUUUAUGGUGCAAGUUCUGUCCCAUUAGCAUUCGUUAUAGUCACGAAACGAAUAAGUGCACGAUUUUUUGCUCCUAGUAAUAGAGGCCCUGAAAAUCCAAGACCUGGUACAAUUAUUGAUAGUGUUGUUACAGACCCAACUAAGUACGAUUUCUUUUUGGUGUCACAACAUGUAAGACAGGGAACAGUAACUCCUACACAUUACCAAGUGAUUGAAGAUACAUUGAGACUUCCUCCUGACAUAAUGCAAAGACUUACAUUCAAGUUGACUCAUAUGUACUACAAUUGGUCGGGUACGGUUCGGGUUCCUGCCCCAUGUCAGUUGGCUCAUAAGUUGGCAUUUCUCACUGGACAGAGUCUCAGACGAAUGGUGGCAGGAAUUGGCAAGAAUGGAGCACUAAAUAUUGACGUUGGAAAAAGUUGA